GUGCUCUGUCCUAUGCAGAUCUCGGAACAUGUAUUACAAAGUCAGGCGGGCAUUAUAUUUAUCUUUUAGAGACUCUAGGACCAUUGCCGGCUUUCCUCCGAUUGUGGGCUGAAUUUAUUAUGAUACGACCUGCAAAUAUAGCUGUGGUGUCUUUGGCAUUUGGUCGAUACCUCAUUGAGCCUUUCUUUGCUUCUUGCCAUGUCCCUCCUCUGGCUGUGAAAUUGGUCACAAUGGCAGGAAUUA